CGCCCCUCCUCCAGCAGAACAGGGUUUUCUGUCCGAGCUCAGCGCAUCAUCUCUGGGAAUUUGGUAUAAUUAGAAGUAAAUCUUUUCAUUUUUACGCGUCGGUCGGUUUAUUUUUAGGUCUCUUUCUCCUGUUACUUGAACUGUGAACUGAGCUAGUGUUUUAAAACGGAUCCUGCCCCGUAAAUACAGGCCUAUUCAUUCAUUUUUUUAAAAACAAUUACAUUUGUUCAUAUUCAGCCUAAAUACACUCAAGGAGUCACUCGUUUUUUUUGUCAAGAAAACGUCCGGACAUCUUUCGUCUUUUCACUGAGAGGAUUUUACAGACACCCUGUCACAUCUUCACAAGUAUGAAACAGCACGCUGCCAAAACUGAGAUGAGCCGUUUCAACAUCUCUCCUGAGGAAGACAGCUGCAGCUCCAACAGCAAUGAGUACCCUUACCCGGACUGCCCAAAGAAGCUCCCACUGGGCAGUCAAUACACUGACAACGAUGCAGAGAGUCAAAACUUCCUCCCUGAAAACAACAUUGGCAAGAAGAAGUAUGAGACUGAAUAUCACCAAGGCAAUGCUUCCUUUGGCAUGUCUGUUUUCAACCUGGGCAACGCCAUCAUGGGCAGUGGAAUCCUGGGUCUGUCCUACGCUAUGGCCAACACUGGCAUCGCCCUAUUUGUGAUUCUCCUCGCGGCCGUCGCCAUCUUCUCCUUGUAUUCUGUCCACUUGCUGCUGAAGACGGCCAAUGAAGGAGGUGCACUGGUAUACGAGCAGCUGGGUUACAAAGCUUUCGGGAUGCCAGGGAAACUCGCUGCUUCCUGCUCCAUCACCAUGCAGAACAUUGGAGCCAUGUCAAGCUACCUCUACAUCGUCAAAUACGAGCUGCCCAUUGUCAUCCAAGCCUUUGUGGGAAACAGCAAUGGAGAAUGGUACACUAAUGGGGACUACCUGGUGCUGCUGGUGACAGUUGUCAUUAUCCUGCCCCUGUCGCUGCUCAAGAACUUGGGUUACCUUGGUUACACAAGUGGUCUGUCCCUACUCUGCAUGGUGUUCUUUCUGAUUGUGGUGAUCAUCAAGAAGUUCCAGAUCCCCUGCCCCCUGACUGAGGACAUCAACGCUUUGAACGAAACUGUUACCAAGUUGCUGAACACCACCUUGCCCCCACCCCAUACUAACGCCGUGGACUACAGCGAGGACGCUUGUACGCCGAAAUACUUUGUCUUCAACUCCCAGACAGUCUAUGCCGUUCCCAUCCUGACUUUCGCCUUCGUGUGCCACCCUGCCAUCCUGCCCAUGUAUGAGGAGCUCAAAGACCGUUCCCGCAAAAGGAUGCAGGGCGUUGCUAAUGUAUCCUUCCUGGCCAUGUUCCUCAUGUACCUGCUGGCCGCCCUCUUCGGCUAUCUGACCUUCAACGUGCGAGUGGAGCCCGAGCUGCUGCACACCUACUCCAAGACCCACAAAGCAGAUGUGGUCCUGCUGAUCGUCCGUCUGGCUGUGCUGACCGCCGUCACCCUCACCGUCCCUGUGGUGCUUUUCCCCAUUCGUACCUCUGUCAACCACCUCCUGUGCGCUUCGAAGGACUUCAGCUGGUUCCGCCACACUGUUAUCACUGUGGCCCUGCUGGCUGGCACCAACGCUCUGGUCAUCUUUGUCCCCACCAUCAGAGACAUUUUUGGCUUCAUCGGUGCUUCUGCUGCUGCCAUGCUUAUCUUCAUCCUGCCCUCAGCUUUCUACAUCAAACUGGUCAAGAAGGAGUCCAUGAAGUCUGUGCAAAAGAUCGGGGCCACCGCCUUCCUGCUGUGUGGCUUCAUAGUCAUGAUUGGCAGCAUGAGUCUCAUCAUCCUGGACUGGGUCCGCAACGCCUCAACCAGCCCGGACGCACACGGCGACGGACACUAAAGGUGCGCCACUCGUGGUGCGGCCAGCCAUGGAGAGAGGAGGCUAUCAGCAUUGGAGCGCUAUGACCGCGCAACCAACGAAGAUCAAAACCUAAUGUAAAAGAAGAAACACACAACAACUCACUUGAUGCUCGGCUUUGACUUUCUGAGCGACAAACCAUGCCAUUCCAAGAGAAUGUAUCGGAACUUUGUACAGUAUGCUGUUAUAGGCCACAAAGAUGGUAUUUUACUUGCGUUUUCUCUUCUUACCGUAACUUUUUUUUUCAUUGUUGCUUUUGCUUGUUUUCCUUUUUAAUGUUUUUUGUAGUUAUGGUACAGCUGGAAACAAAUAUUUAAAGGUGCCUCAAAUAAGAGAUGACAUAGUCUUAGAAUUCAAAAUGCAGCUUACACUCAGGUACGGCGUUAGGUAUGAGCGAGUGCAGCUGCAGCCUCAGAGCUCAGCAACAACACACCCUGCUGAGCAAAGGACGUGAAUCUCCCGAAGGCUGACAAGAGGCAACACACUUCAAAGUUUAUCCUCCUCGAGGACGCGCUUAAGUUCCUUCCUACUGUUAUUUUUUUCUUUCCCUUUUUUACUUUGCCAAAAAUGUAUUUGUAAAGCAUCUUUGUAUAUUGAAAAGCACUUAACUGUUCAGCACACUUAUGGAGAAAAAAAAACCAAACGUCAAUUUUCGCAGGCGAGUCCUACUACACCGCCUAUUUAGUAUUCGUGCAAAGGUUUGCGACCUUGCUCACAGUGUCAGCUUUCCAUGUAAAACACAGUAUGAGUCAACAGAACCUGCCUUUUUCAAACCCAACACUGGGAGCUGCUCAGUAUCUCCGAAGAGGACUCGUUCACAACUGUAUUUAGUCUUUAUAACCUGCUGAAGAUCUUGAGCGUGUUAGCGCGUGCAGCGACGUCACUACUGCUAUUAGACCUGGAGGCCUCCGAGCCUCCAGUUCCACUUCCCCAUGCAGCAGAAAGGGGGAAAUCUUUUUCUUUAUGGGAGAAUACCUUGAAUUUGACCACAUGCAGUGGUUGUAAUAUACCUGUUAAACUUGCAAAAACAAAAACAAAGUCAGAAGUCAGGUGUGCUCCUACACAUACAACCAAACAACAACAAAAAAGCUAGGGAGAACAUCUGUCAUGGUAUUUUGAGUAUUUUGAGUUUUUAUGUACGGUUGCACAGUUUUUUGUUUUCAGUAUGUUUCACAAUGGAGAACUUGAUAGCUUGACAUGGGGACUUGCAUCCCAUCGAGUCGUGAACCUGUCGCCUGACAGUGUACUGUGCUUCCAACACUAACUUAAAACAUCACCAUACUGUUAUUGUCCAACAUCUAUUUAUGGAAGACCAUGAAAUCAAUGUAAUUUAAACUAUUUUACUAUAUUUAUAUAAUAUUGUAUGUAUAUAUAUGUAUAUAUCUAUUGAGUUCACUGUAUAUACACCUUGUUUUGUUUGACUUUUUUUUUUUUAUUAUUACAAUAACGCAUUAGAGUUGUAAAACAAAAAAACAUCCAAGCUGGUGAAUUUGUGACAUUGAGCAGGUUCCAAUACACUGGAGCUUGAGCUGUUCAUCUCUGUUAAGACUGAAUUAUCCUACUGUGUUGAUUUUGUGAAAACUGUUAUAUGUGGAACCCACUGAUACAGCAGCAGUCUUUUUUUUUUUUUUUUCCGCCCCUGAACCCGAACCUGGAUCAGCAAAAUGUUCCUUACGCACAUCUUGGUUGGAGAGUACGUCAGCCUCAGCUUACGUCAGUUUCUCGACCUCAGGAGCAAAGAGGGCUUUGCUCGCCAGUGUUACACUCUUGUUUCAAUGAAACACUAUGUAUAUCUUGUAAAUGAUGUGCUAUUAAAAUCAAAGAUAAUCUAA